AUGAAGUGGACCUGGGUGUUAGUGACGGUCUUGCUGUCUCUUGGGGGGCUAACGUUGGGCAAGGACAGCUUGGACUUCCCUGAGUACGAUGGCAAGGACCGUGUCCAUGACCUGAACGCCAAAAACUAUAAGUCUGUGAUGAAGAAGUACGACAUAAUGGUGGUGUACUACCAUGAUCACCCUGGAUCCAGCCGUGCCGCCCAGAGACAGUUUGAAAUGGAAGAGUUGGCCCUUGAGUUUGCAGCCCAGGUCCUGGAUGAGUUUGAUGAUGAGGAAAUUGGAGUUGGCCUCAUUGAUGCAAAGCUUGACAAAGUCGUUGCAAAGAAAUUAGACCUCGAUGAGUCCGACAGCAUCUACAUCUUCACAGAAGAUGAAGUCAUAGAAUAUGACGGAGAGCUGGCAGCAGACACAAUCGUGGAGUUCGUCUUUGAUAUUCUUGAAGACCCGGUGGAAAUUAUCGACAAUACUCUGGAGCUAAAAGGCUUCAGAAACAUUGACGAGGACAUCAAACUGGUGGGCUACUUUAAGAGUCACAAGUCAGAACAUUUUGAUGCUUUUGAGGAUGCUGCUGAAGAAUUCCAUCCUCACAUCAAGUUCUACGCCACAUUCAAUGCUAAGGUUGCCAAAGCUCUAGAUUUGAAGCUCAAUGAGGUGGACUUCUAUGAACCCUUCAUGGAUGAUCCAGUGGUCAUCCCUGGAAAACCAUACACUGAGGAGGAACUGGUGAAGUUCAUUGAAGAUAAUGACAGACCAACUCUCAGGAAGCUGCAGCCCCACAACAUGUAUGAGAUCUGGGAGGAUGAUGUUGAUGGUGAACACAUUGUUGUUUUUGCAGAGGAGUCUGACCCAGAUGGUUUUGAAUUCCUGGAGAUUGUGAAACAAGUUGCUGAGGACAACACAGACAACCCUGACCUCAGCAUUGUCUGGAUUGACCCUGAUGACUUCCCCCUGCUUCUGCCACACUGGGAAAAGAUUUUUGAUAUUGACCUGUCCCACCCACAAAUUGGUGUUAUUGAUGCUGAUGAUGGUGACAGUGUUUGGAUGGACAUGGAAAAUGAGGAGGACAUGCCAUCUGUAGAUGAACUGGAAGACUGGAUUGAAGAUGUUCUGUCAGGCGAAAUUGAUCCUGAUGAUGACGACGAUGACGACGAUGACGAUGAUGAUGAUGAUGACGACGAUGAUGAUGACGAUGAUGAUGAUGACGAUGAUGAUGAUGAUGACGAUGAUGAUGACGACGAUGAUGAUGAUGAUGACGAUGAUGACGAUGAUGAUGAUGAUGACGAUGAUGAUGACGAUGAUGACGAUGAUGAUGAUGAUGAUGAUGAUUAAGUCUUCAACAUCGCAAUGUUCUUUCAAGCCUGACCAAUGCAGUUUCAGUCAACGUCAUUAAAUCAUCUUUUGUAACUACUUCAUGUUGAAUUCGUCAGUUCAGUUUGAUAUCUCAUCAUCCUCAUUCUGCAUCUCACCAGAACAAUAUUCCUUUACUUGUUUAUCCCAGUCUCCUAUUCAUCUGUCCCCCAAAUAUUCUUUAAAACCCCAUUCUCUCUUGUAACACAGUCUGGUACUAUAAAA